AUGUCGCACGUUGUCAACUACCACACAAGGCUUCUUCACCUAAAGUGCGCUUCACGGCACGAAAGGACAGCAACCAACUAUCGUUACGCCUCAACCCCCGUCGGCAACCCCGUGAUCCCAGACCCGGCCUAUUUCAAUGGCCUUGACGACGGUCUGAAGGACGAACUACCAACAGCAGCUCAAUGCGCGGUCCAUUUGGAGCUUCUAGAGUCAUUCCAUGCCCUCAAGAUCAGGAUCAUCGAGUGCGAGGCCCUCGACGGCAUCUUCGGGAUCAAGGCCCCAACCAAGACUAUUUAUCGCCGCAAGUACAUGAAGACACUGAAGAAGCACGUCAACCAGGAGGUCACGGUCAAGGUUGAGGGGUGGGAGGCGAGGCGAGAGAAAAAGUGGCUGCGGUAUCUCGACUUUGCCGCUGAUAGAUUCGUCACCUGGGCUGAGGUGAUUGACAAAGAGAUAGCUGCGACAGAGGGCAAUGAUGAUCAGAAGUUGGAGAUUCGUCUUCCAUGGCUGCCUCCCUUGGAUGUUCUCAUGGUCUGGCAUGCUUUUCUGCUCAACCCUUCUGACUACAUCAACUACUGUCGAGCUGAGUCCUUGACUCAGCUUCCCAGAGUCUCAUUCCCCUGGACACGAAUUCAUGAAGCAAUCGACUCUCAGGGCCCCAGAUACAGAGCCUGGUUCUAUCAAUUGCCCAAAGACAAUGAGGACUGGCUCAGGAACAAAGACGGCAUUGAUCCAAACCUCCAUCAGUAUCUCGUCAACCUAGGCAAGCCCAUCGGCUUCACCAUGCGUUCCGGAGUCUCGAGUGACAAAAACACCACCGGAAUCCUAAGCCUCACGAAACCUAAAGACCAGAGCAAGCUGGCCAAGUCUCUAAUCGCCAACGUUAAGCGGCAGAGCGUCUUUGUCGACAAGAUGCACGCACACCUCUGGAUCCGGAGUCCGGGGCUUGGAGGGACUAUGAACAGGGCGGUUGAGCGAUAUGAAAACUUCCUCGAGCUGUUUCAGUUGUAUCCCGGCAAGAUGCUCGUGCCAAGCCUCGAUAUUGACCUCGUGUGGCAUUCAAACCAACUCUCAGCAGCGGGCUACAAUGCGACCAUGGAGUCGCGAUGCGGCCGCUUCAUCAACCACGACGACAAGAUCGGAAAGUCAACGUUGAGAAACGGCAUGUCUGACACAGAGAGCCUCUACCGGAUUCAUUUUGGAGACGAGUACUCUGUCUGUCUCUGCUGGGAGUGCCAGGCCAUCGCUUCAGCUAUACAAGAUGCAGACAAGGACGGUAACCUGUUCGAGACAGGGUCUUUCCAAUUUGCCAGCAAUAUCACCGGCAAGGUGCAGGGAGACGUUGACUACUAUCGAGCCGUGGAGAUUGCCAGGCGGAAGAACUUUGUCAAUCUUCCUCUUCGUCCUUCAUAG